AUAACAAAAUUUCUAAAUCAGCUCAAAAGCAUAAAAAAUAAAAAAUCAAACCAACAAACCCACAGUUUUAUCCUACCCUUAAUCCCAUGAGCCCAGCUAAGCCAAAUCCAAAUCCACCCUUAUAAACAAAUCUACAAAUAAUCUUUACAAUAUUAUUCCUUUCUGUUCUCACUAAUAUCCACAAUCACUCAUCACUAUAAUAAUAAUAAUGCACUUGUUCUUAGAUCUCUCAAUAUUCUAGAUCUAAUUACACUCACAACCAUCAUCAUCAAUCAUGGAUGUUUUUGAUGGAAACAAGUUCCUCAACACUGUUCUUCUCCUCAUCACAACCAUAAUCGUAGCAAAACUCAUUUCAUAUUUCAUCAUCCCCAAAUCUAAAAAACGCCUACCCCCAAUUCUUCCAGGAUGGCCCAUUAUCGGAGGACUCUUCCGUUUCCUCAAAGGUCCAAUCUUUAUGCUCCGUGAAGAAUACCCAAAACUCGGUGGCGUUUUCACCUUGAAAAUCUUUCAUAAAAAUAUCACCUUUUUGAUUGGUCCUGAGGUUUCUGCGCAUUUUUUCAAAGCUCCUGAAACUGAUCUUAGUCAGCAAGAGGUUUACCAGUUUAAUGUGCCGACUUUUGGUCCUGGUGUUGUUUUUGAUGUUGAUUAUUCUGUUAGGCAGGAACAGUUUAGGUUUUUUACUGAAGCGCUUAGGGUUAAUAAACUCAAGAGUUAUGUUAAUCAGAUGGUUUCUGAAGCUGAGGACUAUUUCUCAAAAUGGGGAUCAAGUGGUGAAGUUGAUUUGAAGUAUGAACUUGAGCAUCUGAUCAUCUUGACAGCCAGUAGAUGUCUGUUGGGGCGUGAAGUUCGUGACAAGCUCUUUGAUGAUGUCUCUGCAUUGUUCCACGACCUCGACAACGGAAUGCUUCCAAUCAGUGUUCUCUUCCCAUACCUACCAAUCCCAGCUCACAGACGCCGUGACAAUGCACGCAAGAAGCUUGCUGAAAUCUUUGCAAACAUUAUAUCUUCACGAAAAGGUUCCAACAAAUCAGAGGACGACAUGCUGCAGUGCUUCAUUGACUCAAAAUACAAAGACGGUCGCCCUACAACAGAAGCCGAAGUCACCGGUCUCCUCAUUGCUGCUCUUUUCGCGGGGCAGCACACCAGUUCAAUAACAUCAACUUGGACUGGAGCAUAUCUCCUGUGUAACAAACAGUACCUUUCUGGUGUAGUGGAGGAGCAGAAGAACUUGAUGGCGAAACACGGCGAUAGAGUUGAUCACGAUGUUUUGGCCGAGAUGGACGUCUUGUAUAGGUGCAUUAAAGAAGCCUUGAGACUCCACCCUCCAUUGAUUAUGCUGCUUCGAAGCUCACACAGCGAUUUUAGCGUCACUACAAGAGAAGGGAAAGAGUAUGACAUUCCCAAGGGUCAUAUAGUUGCUACUUCCCCUGCAUUUGCAAACAGGUUACCUCACAUUUUCAAUGACCCUGAUAAGUAUGAUCCUGAUAGGUAUGCUGUAGGGAGGGAAGAAGACAAGGCGGCGGGGGCAUUCUCUUACAUUUCCUUUGGAGGUGGUAGACAUGGAUGCCUCGGAGAGCCUUUUGCAUAUCUCCAGAUAAAAGCAAUUUGGGCUCAUCUUCUUAGAAACUUUGAACUAGAGCUUCUGUCACCUUUCCCCGAGAUUGAUUGGAAUGCCAUGGUUGUCGGAGUGAAAGGAAAAGUUAUGGUCCGAUACAAGCGAAGGGAGCUUUCUGUUAAUCAAUAGGACCAUAUCGUGUUUCACUUUAUUGCUUGAAUUUCAUUUUUAAGUUUUUCUUGUUAGUAUUUUUGAUUCUGCUUUAGUGUCCAUGUUAACUGUUUAUUUGACAUUGGAUAUCAAGAAUCUUGAUUUUGACUUCUCUUUUCAUGUAAUUGUGGCAAGUGGUUUUAACUUUUUUGUUUUAGUGAAUCAGAUGAUUGGAAUGGUUACUUGAGAUAAA